UGUUUAUUUAUGAUGAACGUUGGAAUGGAGAUGUGUUUGAUGUUGAUUGUACAGAAAUGCUGAUAUCUGUUUAGAAUUAGCCUGACAUGCUAUCGUAGCCAAAAUUCUAGAACAUUUUUAAUUCAUGCUUUAUCUGGGUGCCGAACACUUAUCAUUAUUGUGCAUAGCAGUCUCAUACUCAACAAAAAUAAUGGAGAACAAUAACACGGGAUUAAAUAAAAUAUUAAAAGAACGAAACAUGAAAGUACAGAAACUUUAUAGAGAAGGACUGGAACAUACAUUGAAUACAACAAUUUCCAAUGGCAAAGGAGAAGUUACAGCAUUGCAUGUUUUCAGUAAUAUGGAAGAAAUGCAUGAAAAAGCUAAUGAAACUGGAAGAAAAUUCGAGGAAGUUUUGUCAAGUGUUAUGGAACAAAAACAGUUUCCUCGUCAUUUAUAUCAGAUACUCGAAGAACAGAAAAAAGAGGCUCAGUCAGUUCUCAAGGAGUAUGAUGAUAUUAUUUUGCAGUUAAAUGAUGAUUUAAAUGACAAAAGUGCCAAAUACAGACAGAAAAUUGAAUACCAAAGCAUGCAGCUAGAAGAAAUAAGGAAAAGGAUUGAGACAUUGAUUUCAGAAUUAAACAGAGUUGGAAAAGAAGAGAUAUGUUCCAUAAGAACAGAAAUAGUGAAGCAUUCAAAAUGUGUUUUGGAUACUUUUGGAAAAAAUAAUGAGAUGUUUUUUCAAAAUACUGAGGCAGAUAAACCUUUUGAUUCUUAUUUGUGGAAGAAACCAUCUGAAAUGUUAACUUUACAGCAACUUGAAGAUGCAUUUCUUGUUGACCACACAGAAACUUUUAAAUUAAGGAGAAGUUUAUUAUCUGAAGUUUGUAAAUUAAGGAAUGAAUUGGAAAAAGAAAAAUUAAACUACAUUUUGAAGAAACAAAAUUUUGAGCAGGAAAUAUUCUACUUGAAAGAAAAUUAUAAUCAAAAUAUGCCAGUUGUUGCAAAAAUGAAGAGGAAAUGCAUCAUUCUCCGAGAUAAAAGAGACAGACUUGUUAGAGAAUUGAAAACACUAGAUGAUUUAAUAAAGAAGGAAUCUAAAAUGAAAGAAGAGGCAAAAUUCAAGGAUCAAAAUACUUUGAAAUUAGAUGCAAGUUGUGCUAGAAAUGCUGCUUGUUCUUGCUACAGAAAAGUGCUGAGAGAUUACCAAGAAAGAGCAAGUACUUUACAAUCCAGAAUAUUAUAUGAAGAAAACUUAUUUUAUAAUUAUAUACUUGAGAAACCAUGGAGAAAUGCUGCUUUGAUCUUUAUUUAUUUAAUUUAGAGAGAGAUGUAUAGAGAGAAUGUUAAUUGAAGAUUGAAAGUGAUAAAUGUUGAAGGAAGGUUGGUAAAUUACAAAAAAACAUUCCUAGCUAUAGAAAUUAACACAUUAAAAAUCUCCUUGUACACUUUUUCAAACAAUUUUUAAUUGCUGACUUAUUGCCCAUUUCAUACCUCAUAAAAAAGAUGUAAUGAAAAAUCCAAAUCAACUGACGAUUUGUUAAUUAAAAAAAAUAUUGAAACAAAUCCUAGAUUUUUAUUAUAAAAGUUGACUUAAUACCUUGGUACUAAGUCAACUUUUUCAUUUUUUUCAAAACUAAAAGGCAUAAUUAAAUAUUUAAAAUACCAAACAUUGUGUAAAUACAGAAAUAAAUAUGAAAGUUUAUGUAUCCAUUAUAUACAAAAGUGCUUAAUUUUUGUCAUUAUGCACCUUGAUGAUAUGAUUUUGUUGUUGUUUUUUUUUUUUU